AUGAGUGGAGGACAAGUAACUCUUCAUUUGAGAGCAGAGACGAAACCAUUAGAAGCUAGAGCGGCUUUGACGCCAACUACUACGAAGCAAUUGCUCGAUGCUGGGUUUAAAGUUUUUGUUGAAGAGAGUUCGCAAUCGAUAUUUGAUGCUAAAGAAUAUGAAAAAGUUGGGGCUACAAUUGUUCCCGAAGGAUCAUGGAAAGAGGCACCUAAGGACCGAUUGAUUAUUGGGUUAAAAGAAUUGCCUGAAAACGAAACGUUCCCAUUGGUUCAUGAGCAUAUUCAAUUUGCUCAUUGUUAUAAAAAUCAACUGGGAUGGGAAAAAGUAUUGGGUAGAUUCCCAGCCGGAAAUGGUAUACUUUAUGAUUUGGAGUUUUUAGAAAAUGAUCAAGGAAGAAGAGUUGCCGCAUUUGGUUUCUAUGCUGGGUUUGCAGGAGCCGCGAUUGGUGUUUUGGACUGGGCUUUUAAGCAGUUGAAUAAACCAGAAGAAAACUUGCCUGGUGUUACCCCAUAUCCCAACGAAACAGAGUUAAUUGAAGAUGUAAAAACGGAAUUGGAGAAAGCGUUGGCUAAAAAUGGUGGUAAAUAUCCUACAGCUUUGGUGAUUGGCGCGCUUGGUAGAUGCGGUUCUGGUGCUAUUGAUUUCUUUAAAAAAGUGGGAAUUCCUGAUGAAAAUGUUGUUAAAUGGGAUAUGAAAGAAACUGCCAAAGGCGGACCAUUCAAAGAGAUUAUUGAAACCAAUAUCUUUGUUAAUUGUAUCUAUUUAUCUCAACCAAUUCCACCUUUUGUAGACUAUGAAAGUUUGAAUGUUGAUGAUAGAAAAUUAACUACAAUUGUUGACGUAAGUGCUGAUACUACAAACCCUCAUAAUCCUAUUCCAGUUUAUGAAAUUGCUACCGUCUUUAACGAUCCAACCGUUGAAGUUAAAACCAGUAAAGGCCCUAAAUUAUCUGUUUGUUCUAUUGACCAUUUACCUAGUUUAUUACCAAGAGAAGCCUCAGAAUUUUUCUCAAAAGAUUUAAUGCCUAGUUUGUUGCAAUUACCGGAAAGAGACACUGCAUCAGUUUGGGUUAGAGCUAAGCAGUUGUUUGAUAAGAACGUUGCCAGAUUGGAGGAAAAAAAAUAG